AUGUCGAACGAUCAGGAUAUGGCCGAUGCUACCCCCUGCGCUGAAGCGAACGGCACCAGUCAACCUCCGUUCCUCGAGAAAAUCCGCCUAAAGUUGCUACCCGGCGCCACACUCACGGCAGCAUCAUACUCAUUCGAGAACGAAGAUCACACCCUUGGAAACGCGCUUCGGUACAUGCUCACAAAAGACCCUGACGUUGAAUUCUGCGGCUAUUCGAUCCCACAUCCUUCAGAGCCGUUCAUGAACAUCAGAAUCCAGACCUGGGAUGGUGUGCACACAGACAUAGUCUUGCGCAGAGCACUCGAGAACCUUGCUCAUCUUUGUGAUGCUGUGGAAGAGAAGUUCGUUGCGUCACGAGACCAGUUCAACGAGGAACAUCCAGAUAGGAUCGGUUCGAGAUGA